AUGAAGACGCGCAUCUUCUCCCUGGCGAAAGCUACAAUCAACUUCAGCCUGCCGAAUCCUCACAACGCAACUGGAUCGCCCGCGACCAUGGCCCAGAAUUCUUCGUUCGCCGACUUCGUAAAAGAAGCGCGCGAGAAAAAGAGAAACGAAGCACUGGCGCAGCACUUCCUCGGAAGCCGUGGGCGCAAGGCCAACGGGUCUGGAUCCGGCGCAGGUUCACUCAACGGACGUGCAACCUCGCAGAAACCCACUUUGCUAAGUCGCAUGAGUGGUGUUCAGAAACAACGACCUUCUUCAGCGAAACCCGCGACCAACAUCGAUGGAAAGUGGCAGCACGAUCUCCACAAGCUCAACAACCCGAACGGUCCCUCGAGGAAGGGUCCCAAUCGCACCGUGUCUACUUCACAGACCGACCGCAACGCGCGAACACUCGACAAAUUCGCCUCCGUGCUGAACAGGGACACGUCCACCAGGAAUGCACGAAACGGACCAGCAGACCUUGGCCUUAACAUAAGAGGUGCUGCGACCAGCAGCGGUCCGCACACUGUCAUGGCCUCCAACUUCGCCAUAGGCACUACGGCGGCAGAUAUCGAGCAGGUCAUGGGUCAGGUCGGCGGAGAGCUUCUCGAAUGCAGGGUGGUCGUUGCCAAGCCAACCGUCAUGGCAGAGCUCACCUUCGCCACGAAAGACGGUGCUGAGAACGUCAUUGCGACCUUCAACGGUAAAAAGGCGGAUGGCAAGACGCUCUACGUAUACAUGAAGGAGGGUGGGCCCAGCUCGGCUGCGCUUCACACACGGCCGUCCGGCCGCCUAGCUCAAUCGUCUUACGACGACAUGGACAUCGAUACUAACGGUGGAGCUCGCGCUGGCAGCUUCCAGGAUGGUCGAUUCGGAUUCAACGACCGAGGCAACCCACCACGAGGACCUCGUAGGCGGUACUAG